AAAAGAAAGGAAAAAAAAAACCAAGCCUCAGCUCAGCUCCCCAGUUGCUUCCCCUGCUGCAUUUAUUAAUCCAAAGCAGCUUCCUUUUACUCUCGCUUCCCUCUGGCACAGCUAAUCCAAAUCCUCCUCUUUUUCUUGUUUUUUUUUUCUUUCUUCGUCUUCUCCAACGCCCAAAGUAAAACAAAGGAAAAAAGAAAAGCCGCAUCCAAGAACGCACCAGAAAUUUCGGCGACGGUUGCGCGCGAAUCCAUCCAUCCACCGGCGGUCGGAGGGCGGCGGCGGCGGAGCAAUUCCGCCCAACCAAGCGGCGGAGUCGGUGCGGGCGAAAUUUCCGGGUUGGUGCGCGGGGCUUGGGUUGGUGGUGGUGGACUGGUGGUGGUGUGUGUUCUUGGGAGUGGAUCUGGCAGGAGGCUGGCGAUGGGGAGGCGGGAGUAGGGGGAGCGGCGGAUUGGAGUGGGAGGCGCGGUGUUGGGGGCUCCCAUGGGCGGAUGCUUCUCGCUGGAGGAGCACCGGCUCCAGGGCAAGACAGAAGCUGGUGGGCCAGAUGGGUUAAGGAAAUGCAAAUCUGAUUCUAAAGCUACAGCAAGUGUCCUUGCCCCUCCAAAAGAUGUGGAGGACCUGCAAAUCGAAGGAUACGGAAAUGUUAAUAUUUUCACAUAUAAUGAACUAAGAGCAGCCACAAAAAACUUCCGGCCUGACCAAAUUCUUGGAGAGGGUGGGUUUGGUGUUGUUUACAAAGGUGUAAUUGAUGAAAAUGUUAGAGCGGGCUUUCCAUCCACACAAGUUGCUGUGAAAGAAUUAAACCCAGAGGGAUUUCAGGGUGACAAGGAAUGGUUGGCAGAAGUCAACUACCUUGGGCAACUUAGCCAUCCAAAUCUAGUCGAACUGAUUGGGUAUUGCUGUGAAGGCUCUCAUAGACUGCUUGUUUACGAGUACAUGGCUUGCGGCAGCCUUGAAAAGCAUCUUUUUCGCCGGGUUUGCCUUAAUAUGCCAUGGUCUACUCGAAUGAAGAUUGCUCUAGGUGCUGCAAGGGGGCUGGAAUAUCUUCACGGAGCUGAGAGAUCAAUUAUAUAUCGAGAUUUCAAAACAUCAAACAUCUUGUUAGAUGCGGAUUAUAAUGCCAAGCUGUCAGACUUUGGCCUAGCACGAACUGGACCUAGUGGAGACCAAACCCAUGUAUCAACUCGGGUCAUGGGUACUUAUGGCUAUGCAGCUCCUGAAUAUGUCAUGACAGGCCAUCUGACAGCACGAAGUGAUGUCUAUGGCUUUGGUGUCGUCCUUCUCGAGAUGAUCAUAGGCAGGAGGGCUGUGGACAAGAGCCGGCCUAGCCGUGAGCACAACCUAGUUGAGUGGGCACGUCCCCUCCUCGUGCACAAUCGGAAGCUGUUCAGGAUUAUCGAUCCAAGAAUGGAAGGGCAGUACUCCACCAAGGCUGCCAUUGAGGUGGCAGGCCUUGCGUACCGAUGCUUGAGCCAGAAUCCCAAAGGACGACCCACCAUGAGCCAGGUUGUUGAGACCUUUGAGGCUGUGCAAAACAUGCCUGAAUGCCAAGACAUACUCUUGCAGAACUGCAUGACGGGUGCAGUGACACUCUACGAGGUUGCAAAGGACCCUACGGAGAGCGUCGAGCCGGAGAAGAUAAAACAAGAACAACCAGCAGCAAAAACGGUCACCGUGGCACCGGCACCGGUAAAUGGAAAACCCGUGCCUCAGAGCAGGAGAACACGGCCAGGGAAUGGCCGGAGCAAGAGCGAGCCGUCUUUGGAAUGCAAGCUGUACAUCCCAUCUCCAGACUCUGAUGGCCAGCAGCCAGGCCUGGAGGCAUUGUCAUCCCCUUCCAGAGAUGGAAGCAUAAAGGAUCCACCGGACGAGGAUUUGUACAAGAUAUAAAAGUCACACAGAAGUUUUUUAUGACGAUUCAAGUUUUCGCUACCGGCGAUUUCGCAUUGCCAUCCAUCCAUCUUGUUGUCAAGAUCGAUCAGAGUCAAAGUUGGUGUUAAAAUUUUUUCUGAUGGCGGAAGAACUCUACCUCGUUAGGUUUCUUGCUGUUCCGACUAGCAAUUGUAUGUAGAGAGGAGCGUUGUGGAAAGCAUUUGUAAUGUGAGAUGCCUGCCGCGACGAAAAGUUCGUGUUGUAAACUUGAAACCAUUCUCUGGGAAGAGGAAGAUCCACAUCAUAAUCGAUGUGUCAGUGUUGUUGUUGCUCGAGUGUUUUUGACUUUUCUGUAUAGAUGAUGAUGUCCUUGCAAACUUGGUACAGUUCUACAGGAAAUCAACAAGAAGAUGGAAAAAUAUAAGAUGAAUCAGUGUCCGUUUGUUGA